AUGGGAAAGACAGAGCUAUAUUCUCUGUUUAAGGGUUUUCUGGACUGUAUAUGCCUCUGCUUGUCUCAGGGCAAUGGUCAGGCUGCAGAUGACAGUAAGAGAGACACUGAAAAUGGCCACCUGAUCUACAAGAGUGGGGACAUCCUCGAAGACAGAUAUGAGAUACUCGACACUUUAGGUGAGGGGACUUUUGGGAAGGUGGUUCAAUGCUUGGACCACAAAAGAGGGGGAAGCCAAACAGCUCUGAAGAUCAUUAAGAAUUUGGAGAAAUACAGAGAAGCAGCCAAACUGGAAAUCAAUGUGCUGAAGAAGAUCAGUGAAAAAGAUCCAAACAACAAACAUCACUGUGUGCAGAUGCUCGACUGGUUUAACUACUACGGCCACAUGUGCAUCUCCUUUGAGCUGCUGUCUCUCAGCACCUUUGACUUUCUGAAAGCAAACAACUUCCUACCUUAUCCCAUUAACCACAUCCGACACAUGGCCAACCAGAUCUGCAACGCUGUCAGCUUUCUCCAUGACAACAAGCUGACGCACACCGACCUGAAGCCAGAAAACAUCCUCUUUGUCAACUCAGACUACUCCCUCAUGUACAACACUGAGAAGAAGUGCAAUGAGAGGAGACUAAAUGACACCACAGUGCAACUUGUUGACUUUGGCAGCGCCACCUUUGACCAUGAAUACCACUCUACCAUCAUCUCUACACGUCACUAUCGAGCCCCAGAGGUCAUACUGGAGUUGGGUUGGAGUCACCCUUGUGAUGUGUGGAGUAUCGGCUGCAUCCUGUUUGAAUACUACGAAGGGUUCACAAUGUACCAGACUCAUGACAAUAGGGAACAUCUUGCUAUGAUGGAGAGAAUACAGGGACCAAUUCCUCGGAGGAUGAUUCAAAGGAGCAGGAAGCAGAAAUAUUUCUACUGUGGGCGUCCCAACUGGAGCGAGUGCUCCAAGUCUGGACGUUAUGUGAAAGCCAAGUGCAAGCCUUUAAGGAAGUAUUUGUUGUCACAAGGGACAGAGCACCAUCAGUUUUUUCAUCUCUUGGAGACGAUGCUGGAGUACGAGCCCUCAAAACGCACAUCUCUUUCCUCUGCUCUUCACCAUCCCUUCUUCUUGCCUCUCAAUCACCCAGGAAAGAGUCAGCUGUGGAGGAACAGCUGUGAUAUGAGCAGAUGACCUUGAACAGCCAUUCAACUUUUAAGCACCAUAACACACUGUUUAUUAUGUUUAAGUCUCUAACUACAAAUCAUGUGUAUUUAAAGCCCAUAAAAAGUCAAGUAUUUCUGCAUAACAUUUAUAUUAAUUUGAUCAGAUUUGAUUGAAAUUUAAAGCAACGUAAAUAAACUGUCAUAAAAGUUUGAUUCAAAUCAGGCUAAGUCCUGAUUGGCUCCCUGGAGUAAAUGACAUCACCUCUGUCCAACUGAGCCAUGCCCACUUCAAGCCAGUAAGCGCACAAACAAAACAACAACAAAAACAAAAUAGGGCCUUUAACAUUGCGUUUAUAUAAGGGACACUUAUGUCCAAAGCAACUUACAAUACUUUUUUGCUGACCAUGUUCUAUUUUAAAAUGUUUUACUCGUAAUGUAAAUACAUGUCAUUAGUGGUAAAUGGGCUUAAACAGACAAAACCACCAGAAUUGUCUUUUGAAGCCUGACCCCCACAUGCCAGCAGAUUGAGCCUGUUCAAAAAUGCUAAAAAAAAAAACAGCAAAUUACUUUUACACUGUAUCUCUAACAUUUAGAGGAUCAAUUUUAAUGCACAACUAAAUGAUCCUAAAAAAAAGUAUCUUUAUAGUUUAGGCUCUUAGUUAGUUUAUAAGGUGAAACGGAUGUUUUUGUAUGAUUUUUUGUAUGGAGUGUCUCUUUUUAGUCGUUUAAUAAAUUCAGUUCUUCUGU